ACCUAUUUACAAUUCAGUACCGCAUGGGUGAAACGUGUUUCGCUAUUUAUUUUAUUGAAUAGAUAUUUAAUUUAUUAAAUAAAUAUGUCAGUACCUGAUAAAGUAUUGAUGCGAAAAAUUAAGAAACGAGAAAAAAAGAAAUUUGAAAUUUUGAAAAUGCGAGAAAAACAAACACAAAAUGGUGAAACCACAAUUGAAAACUCAGAAAAUAAUAUUCAAGAAAAUAAAGUAAAUGAUUUAAAUGAAUUAAAACGAUAUAAUAUACAAGAAAAUGGAUCAAUAAAAAAGAAAAGAAAAAAAAUAAAUGAUAGAAUAUUACAAGAUGAUGAUAUUAGUUGUACCACAGAAGAUUGUAUUGAUUAUGCAAAUAAAAAUUCUACAAUAGAAAAUAAUAUUAAUAAUAUAACUGUAAAUUUACCUGGAUCUGCAAUGGGCUUAAAAAUAGCAAAUGAUACCAAUUUUAAAGUAUUAGAAGAAAUAGUUUGUGAAAAUACUUUAAAAGCAAUAAAAGACAUGAGUUUUACAAAUAUGACAGAAAUACAAGCAAAAGCUAUUCCUCCUUUAUUAGAAGGAAGAGAUCUUGUUGGUGCUGCAAAAACAGGAUCUGGAAAAACUUUAGCAUUUUUAAUACCAGCUAUUGAAUUAAUUUAUAAAUUAAAAUUUAUGCCUCGUAAUGGUACUGGUUGUGUAAUUAUAUCUCCAACACGAGAAUUAUCUAUGCAAACAUUUGGAGUCUUAAAAGAAUUAAUGAAAUAUCAUCAUCAUACAUAUGGUUUAUUAAUGGGAGGUGCUAACAGACAAACAGAAGCUCAAAAACUUUCAAAAGGAAUUAAUAUUGUUGUAGCUACACCUGGUAGAUUAUUGGAUCAUUUACAAAAUACUCCAGAUUUUUUGUACAAAAAUCUUCAAUGUCUUAUUAUUGAUGAAGCUGAUCGUAUUUUAGAUAUUGGUUUUGAAGAAGAACUUAAGCAAAUUAUUAAUAUUUUACCAAAAAAAAGGCAAACAAUGUUAUUUAGUGCAACACAAACUAAAAAGACAGAAAUGUUAAUGACUUUAGCUUUAAAAAAAGAACCAGUUUAUGUUGGUGUUGAUGAUGAUAAAGAAAAAGCAACAGUAGAAGGUUUAGAACAAGGUUAUGUUGUAUGUCCCAGUGAAAAAAGAUUUUUACUUUUAUUCACUUUCUUGAAAAAAAACAGAAAGAAAAAAAUCAUGGUUUUCUUCAGUUCAUGCAUGUCAGUUAAAUAUCAUCAUGAACUUUUAAAUUACAUUGAUUUGCCAGUAUUAAGUAUACAUGGAAAACAAAAACAGACAAAAAGAACAACAACAUUUUUUCAAUUCUGUAAUGCUUCUUCUGGUAUUCUUCUCUGUACUGAUGUAGCUGCACGUGGUCUUGAUAUACCAGCUGUUGAUUGGAUUGUACAAUAUGAUCCCCCAGAUGAUCCCAAAGAAUAUAUUCAUCGUGUAGGUAGAACAGCUCGUGGAGAAGGUAGCAGUGGCCAUGCUUUACUUAUUUUAAGACCAGAAGAACUUGGCUUUCUUCGGUAUCUUAAGCAAGCUAAAGUACCUGUAAAUGAGUUUGAUUUUUCAUGGAAUAAAAUUGCUGAUAUUCAAUUACAACUUGAAAAAUUGGUUUCAAAGAAUUAUUUUCUUAAUAUGUCAGCAAAAGAAGCAUUUAAAGCAUAUGUGAGAGCAUAUGACUCUCAUCAUUUGAAACAAAUUUUUAACAUUGAAACAUUGGACUUAGCAAAAGUUGCAAAAUCUUUUGGAUUUGUUGUUCCUCCAGCUGUGGAUUUAAAAGUGGGAAUUAAUAAAAAUUCACGUCCACGAAAAAGAUUAUGUGAAGGCGGUUAUGGAUACUUCAAAAACAUAAACAAUUUAAAUUCAGAAAAACAAUUACAACGCAGUAAAAAUUAUCGUUUAAUAAAUAAACAUACAAAAGAUAAUCGACAAUUUGUUAGAUAACUAUUUAUAUAAAUAUUUCUAGUAAAUUAAAUAAUUUUUAUAAAUAUUUUACGAUUUUUGUUUAUACAUUUAUAAUAAAUUAAAAAUCGAUAAUUAUUUGACAAAAACAUAAUUAUUGUUAAAUUCAAUACUUUUUAUAAUAUACGUAAAUUAUAUAUAAAUUAGUAUUUAAAUUUAAUUUACAGUUUAAUUUUGAUGUUUAAUAAUAAAUAACUUUAUAAAGAAAUAACAAAACUAAAAAAUAUCUAAUGACUGGUAAGAAAUGACAAGAGAAAUACUUUAUAAUGUGUGACACCUACGCUAUUUCUCAGUAGGACCAUGUAUGGUACAUGUGUAUGACGUCAACGCUACUUUACAUUACCAAUAUAUGUGUGUAGGCGUGUUGGAUAUGGCGCAAAAGGUAACGCUCGUGGAACGCUAAGGUGGCAGACUUUAAUAUCGAUCGUUAUUUUUGAAUAUAUCUUUAUAGAUUAUUACUUACAAAAUUGUCAAUUUUUUAGAUAUAUAAAUACAUAAAUAUAUGUAUGUUUUUGGAAUUUAUAAAUAUAAUAUAUUAACUAACUAAAUAUUAUAUAUUAACAUUAAAAAACAAUAUAUUGAUAUAUUGUAUAUGUAUUAUAUGAAUCUAAUGAUUUGUAACAUACUCAAUGUUGAUAUAAAAUCAGAUACCAAUUAAAAAUU